CUGACACCACUCAGCUGCAGAGAUGAAUAACCAAAGAGUAACCUAUGCAGAACUGAAUCUAGCUAAGGACUCCAGGAGACAGCAAAUAAAACCUAAGGGCACUAAGAGUUCCAUUUCAGUAACUGAGCAGGAAAUAACCUAUGCAGAAUUAAAUCUUCAAAAUGCUUUUCAGGAUCUUCAAAGGAAUGACAAGAGCUACCACUGCAAAGAUUUUCCAUCAUGUCCAGAGAAGCUCAUUGCUGGGAUUCUAGGAGUCACCUGUGUUGUCUUGCUGUCCACUGUGGUAACGAUAGCUGUUACUACUUCUUCUGGAAUAUCAGAGCAGAGCAAUUCAUCCCCAGUAACAGGAAAUGAGAAAGCCCAUCAUUGUGGUCGUUGUCCAAAGGAGUGGUUUACAUAUUCCAACAAUUGCUAUUACAUUAGUAAUGAACGUAAAACAUGGACUGAGAGUCACAUGGCCUGUGCUUCCAAGGACUCUAAUCUGCUUCUUAUAGAGAAUGAAGAAGAAGAGCAAUUUCUGAGUUCCAUAUCACCUGUAUCAUGGAUUGGAGUCUUCCGUAACAGCAGUGAUCAUCAAUGGAUGUUGAUAAAUGGUUCACCUUUCAAACUAAAGAUAGCAGAAUUAUCAUCAGUCGGUGAUGACUGUGCUGUGCUAUCCUUAUCUGGCCUCCAAUCAAGUGUUUGUGGGUCUCCAAAAACGUAUCUUUGCAAGCGUAAGCUUUAGAGUUAAAAUACUUCAGUUGGGUUACUUAAUUUUUCAAGUAAUGGAAAUAAUAUUAUGAUUGCAUACACUUAAAAUUUAUUAUAUUAUUUGUUCUAAUAAUGAAAAAAAGUUUUUGUAAUAAUUAUUGGAAAAUAAUAUACAUAUGCAAAAGUACAGAUAUCAUUACUCUUAGUGUAUUGCUUUUAUUGUUCAACGUUAUGUUUGUGGUAUUCAAUCUUUCGAAAAGAUCAUGUUGUAUGAGUUAAUUUAUAGUAAAUACCAAGAAUAGGCAAACCUGUAGAAGGAGAAAGUGGAUUCGUGGUUCCCAAGGGCUGAGGGUGUUGGGCACAGGAAAUGACUGCUAACUGGUACACUGUUUCAUUUGGGGGAGGAAAACAUUCUUU